AUGGUUAAUCAGUCAGACGAUCUGCCUGCCUUCAUUUUCGAUGUUGAUGGAACUCUCAUCGACUACGAAGGUGCCUCAGCUAUCGCCUUGAGCAAGCCCAUUGAGAAGUUCGGUGGAAAACUAACACCAGCGCUGCAUGCCAAGCUGAUGGGCAGACAACCUGAGGAUUGGAGUCGCAUCGUUUUGGAUGGCAACAACAUUACUCCUGCACAGCUCCCUCGUGAGCAGUAUAUAAAAGAAUACUAUGAGUGCAUGGACACACUCUAUGGACAACUUGAGUUGAUGCCAGGUGCUGCUCGUGUAAUGGAAGACUUGAUGAAGUACAACCCUAAGCGGGCUGUUGCUACUAGUUCCAUAUCACCUUCUUUCCAAAAGAAGGUCAGCCACAUCCCACAGAUCGCUGAAUGUUUUUCUAUUUGUGUAUGUGGGGAUGAUCCUCACGUGAAGAAGGGCAAGCCAUCGCCCGACAUCUUUCUCGAAGCUGCCAGGAGGCUCGAUGCGAAUCCAAAGGAUUGCGUUGUUUUCGAAGACUCAGCCCAAGGGGUGCAAGCGGCCUUAGCAGCAGGAAUGCGCGUCGUCGCUUUACCAGACAAACGCUUCCAGUGUGAUGAAGUGGAUCACUCUGCCACAUACAAUAAGGCGACUUGGGUCUUGGACAGUUUAGAAGAUAUCGGCGAUCUCAAGGAGUUCUUUGCGAGACCAAGCGAAGCGUAG